UGAGGUCUUGGAGGGACACGGAGCUGCUGUGCCGGCAGGUCCGGCUGGGCAGGGACCCGGAACCGUGAGGGAACCGGGAGACGACGGACACCGAGAGCCGGGGGGAGACGGGCGCGCCUCGCACGUGACCUCGGGACACGCGGCCGCGUCACGUGCGCGCCCCACCCGGCGCGACCCCGGCGCGUGCGCAGCGGCCCCCUGCGGCGGGGUCUCCCCGGUGACGUCACAGGGCAACGGGACCAAUCAGCGGCGGGCAGGGGAGGGGCCUGGUGGCGGCGGAGACGCCGGUCCCGCGGCUCCAGCGCGCUCCCGGUCCCGGUCCGGCCAUGGCCCAGCGCGGCGGCCCCGCGGUGCUCCCGGACAAUCCCUUCCAGGAUCCCGCGGCGCUGCAGACCCGGCCCGGCGCUGUGCUGGACGGCUACAACCCCUUCGAGAGCGAUGCGCCACCGCCGCCGUUCCAGACCCCUUCGGUAGCGCCGCCGCCCCCGGUACCGGCGGCCGCACAGCCCCCGCGGAAGGCGAGUCCCACCGAGCCCCGCAACUACGGCUCCUACGGUUCGCAGGUACGGGGGGAGGCGCCGCCAGGCCCGGCGGGUUGGGGGGACACGGGCGCCGGCGGGAGUCCAGGGUUUGUGUCCCGCCCCCCGCAGGCCUCGGCCGCCGCUGCCACGGCGGAGCUGCUGAAGAGGCAGGAGGAGCUCAACCGGAAAGCGGAGGAGCUGGACCGCCGGGAGCGGGAGCUGCAGAACGCGGCUCUCGGCAGUUCCCAGACGAGGCUCAACAACUGGCCCCCGCUGCCGUCCUUCUGCCCUGUGAAGCCUUGCUUCUACCAGGACAUCCCUGUGGAGAUCCCUGCUGACUUCCAGAAAACAGUUACGACCAUGUACUACCUCUGGAUGGCCAGCACCAUUGCUCUCUUCCUGAACUUCCUGUCCUCGCUAGCCUGGUUCUGCGUCGACCCCUCAUCUGGUUCUGGGUUCGGCCUCUCCAUCCUCUGGGCUCUGCUCUACACGCCCUGUUCCUUCGUCUGCUGGUAUCGGCCCAUGUACAAAGCUUUCAGGAGCGACAGUUCCUUCAACUUCUUUGUCUUCUUCUUCGUCUUCUUUGCCCAGAACGUGAUGUAUGUGCUGCAGGCCAUUGGCAUCCCAAACUGGGGAUUCAGUGGCUGGAUCCUGAGCCUGAUAGCACUGCGGACUAACACAGGCGUGGCUGUGAUGAUGAUCCUGGUGUCCUUGUCCUUCACGGCAGUGGCUGUAUUGGGGAUCAUUAUGCUGAAAAAGAUCCACUCUCUGUAUCGCCGGACUGGCGCCAGCUUCCAGAAGGCUCAGGAGGAGUUUGCAGCUGGGGUCUUCUCCAACCAGGCCGUGCGCACGGCCGCGGCCAACGCUGCUGCAGGCGCAGCCACCAACGCCUUCCGUGCGCCGUAGCCGUGCAGGUGCCUGGCCCUGCCUCCCUGGCGCACUUGGGCUCUUCUCGAGGAAGAGGAAAUCUGAGUUGCACUUUCACUGGAUCCCUGUGCGUCUGCAUCAGCUGUCAGAGGCUGCCUCAUCCCAGCUUGGAAGUGCUGGUGCCUGAAUCGUCUGCUGCUCUUAACCCCCUUUCCUCAUGGACAGAGGCUGUUCUGGUUUGUGCUGGUCCCCUCCCCUCAGCGGCAGCAGGGUGGGAAGUGCUGCAGCUGAGCCCUGAGUCUGCCAUCGCCCUCCCUUACAGCACCAGCUGCUGGGGGCAGGAGCCUCCUCCAGAUGGCUGGAAUGCUGCUUCCAGGGACUGGAACGGUCACUUGCCUUCCUUGUGCUCUUCUGUUUCUCCACCUGAUGAUGACACUUGUGUGCCGUGGGGUGUGGAGGUUCCCCUGCCCCCUGUGUGCCCAGGGACCCCCGUGCUCUGCCAAGAAUGUCAUCCCUCUCUUCCUCCUUGGGCUUGCUCCAUUGGGAUAAGGAUGGGACUGGUGCUUUCCCUGGGGUGUCUUCUCCUUUUGUCCCGUCCCUUUUCUUGUCCUCUCCCUCUCUCCAGGCCCAGGGAUGAGGAGAGAAGGGCAGGAACAGGCAGAGCAGGGACAGGCAGAGCUCAGGCAGCUGCUGCCUGUGGGGAUCCUGCCUUUAGCCCAUGUGGACCCCAAAGCCAGGCUGUGUGCCAAGGAGCAGCCCUGGCGUUUACAUGGCUUCCCCUUGCUUCCAGGGAGGGGUGAACAGCUCCUCCAGUCCCCCUCCCCACCCGCUUUGAGGACUGUGACCCCGUGCUCACCCCAGGACCCUUCAGCCACAGCCUUCACCCUCUUCGGAGGCUGAGCCAGUCCCCGUGUGCAGCCCCACGUCCCCCUUACCUGCCCUCUGUCACCUGUGCUGGUGUCCCUGGGGUCCCAGGUCUCAUGCGUUCGGCUUCACUUCAUCUCCUCUCAGAUGCUCCCGGUUUGUCCCUGCAGCUCCGGGGCUGGUGAGAGGCUUUGUGCCUUCAGCUGUGGGGGCCGGUGCCCUCCCCGUCCCGCUGCGGCGAGGGCUCCUCUGGGGUUCCCCGCCUCCUUCGCUGCUUCCCGUAUGCUGUUUCCCGGCCGCCUCCCGGUUUAUUUAAGGAAUAAAUGAAGGUUCACUCUG